UAUAAAUUUGAUGGUUGUAACAUGCGUUUCUCUCCGAAAAAUUUGACAAAUAGUCUGUCUAUCUGUCGACUUUUUCAAAAUACGCAGCGUAAUGUGAUUUUCGAGGAAUCAAUACAGUGGGAAACGGCUAUGCGGGUUAGCUGAAGAAUAACGGUUGGAUUAAUUGUAUUUUAAAAUCAGGUUUUCAUAGCUGUUUGUCGAUCGAUAUUGUUCGUAAAUAUGACAUCAAGGUUGGAUAGAUUGUUUAUACUAUUGGAGACAGGAACAAAUGCGGUAACUAAACGAGCCGCAGCGCAACAAUUGGGAGAAGCGCAGAGGUUACAUCCUCACGAUUUACAUCAUUUGUUAGCAAGAGUUUCUACUCUUUUGAAGUCUCCGCAAUGGGAUACAAGAGUUUCGGCUGCACAGGCUGUGCAAGCUAUACUCGCUCAAGUUCCUGCUUGGGAUCCACAAUAUUUUAAAAAAGAAAUAUGUACAGAAGACGGAGAAACAAAAAAACAUGUACCAAAUAAUAGAUUAAAUUUGGAGGACUUUGAUAUGGAAAAAGUCUUGGCGCGUAGUUCGCAUCUGACUGGAUCGGAAGGCAGCGAGUACGAUUUAAUUGCUGCCGACGGAGAACAAACGCCUAAUCAAGACGAAAAAGUUAUUGCUGCCAAGUUGGGUCUUCAUCCAAGAUUAAUGGGCGUCGAUACGUCGGAUUUGUUUACCACCGAGGAUCUUACACCGGCAGUAUUAUCACCUACCACGAAUACACAGAUGAAAAUGUCCGUGGGUGAAACGUUAAAACAACCCGGUGGACUUAGCAGACGUGAAAUGAACAGAGCUAGACGCAAGGCACGUCAGUCAGUUUCGAAACAACGCUCGCGAGAACCAGAUGACCAUCGCAGCAACGAUGACUAUCAUAAUAAUUCAAAUGCUCAAUCACCCGUUAAUAGCACAGGCGAAUCGUUAAAUAAAAAAAUAAAAUUAGAAGAAGUGAUUUCAUCGGAGAUGAAUCUUAAUUGUAAUACGCAAACUGAAUCAACAAAUGGAGUACCAGACAGUACCGGUUGCUGGCCAGAUUCUGUGAUAGAUUGGCCUCUAGAAUCGUUUGCCGAAAAUCUUUGUCAAGACUUGUUUAGUCAAAAGUGGGAAGUAAGGCAUGGAGCUGCGACUGCUUUACGAGAACUUAUUAAACUCCAUGGGAAAGGCGCAGGUAAAUCGAGAGAUCAGACUGCGGAUGAAAUGGAAGAAGCUCAUUAUCAAUGGAUCAUAGAUGCCGCUCUACGUUUAUUAUGUGUGUUAGGAUUAGAUCGAUUCGGGGACUUUGUUUCCGAUCAAGUUGUCGCACCCGUUCGAGAAACGUGUGCUCAAGCGCUAGGUUCUCUUUUGUUACUAGUGCCAAAUGAAAAAGAUAACGAUGAAAAAAAUAAGGGUGUCGUGGGAAUACUUUCGGUUAUGCUGAAACUUUUAGAACACGAUGAAUGGGAAGCGAGGCAUGGUGCAUUACUUGCGCUUAAAUAUUUACUCGCCGUACGAGACGAUUUACUAGACGAUAUAUUACCAAGGGUCUUUCCGGCCAUCAUGAAAGGUCUUUCCGAUCCUGUUGACGAUGUAGGCGCUUCUGCGGCCAGCGCGCUGAUACCAGUGGCAUCUGCUCUCCCACGAUUAUUGGAACCAUCCGAGUUGGAAGCUGUUGUAAUUCGCCUCUGGGAACUUUUACGCGAACAAGACGAUCUCGCAGCGGCAUGCAACAGUUUUAUGGGGCUACUGGCUGCUAUACUUUCGCUACCUACGGCUCGUGCUUGUCUUACACCUCAGCCAUUGUCACAGGUUUUGCCACGAUUAUGGCCAUUUCUUAGUCAUUCUAGUUCGAGUGUCCGUAAAGCAACGUUGCAAACGUUACAAACGUUAACCGGAGAUGACGGUGCUCGCACCGAAGAUCGAAAAGAACGAUGGGGUGAAGGAGGUGGACUCGUAUUACAGGAAGCUCUUCGUCAUGUAUUUCAACGUGUACUUAUCGAGCACGUAACUGCCAUACAAGACAUAGCCGAACGCGUUUGGGAGAAUCUAGUCGUACAGAGCGAUCUCGAACUAUUAUUGCACGCGGCGUGUCCUCUGGUCAGCACGUGGCUCUGCCUUGCCAUGCAACCAGAACACGUGCCAUUUAAUCCAAACUUAUUAAUGACUAUAAGUUCGCCUAAUAAAGGAACUAAGAGUAAUCAGAUUAUCGGUAGCUGCGACGGGCAAUCGGAUACCGGUAACAACGGAGGAAACAACGCUGCAAGCGGAAACACAAAAUCGAUAUCCGAACUGAAAGUUUAUAUCGGUGGGAUCGAGACUGUAGCUCAGAAUAUAAGGAAAUCAAACGUGGUCCAAGCUCGUUGUAGAGCCGCGCGUAUGCUUGGAUUGCUAUCGCAUUACGUAGUCCAACCAGCGCCAGGUGUUACUUAUACACCGGAUAUACCUAGUCCUGCACUUUGUUACGCUAAAGUAUUACUGGCACAUCUUAACUCGCGCUCGGCAUUGCAGCGCACCGUCGCAGGUUUGACGAUGUCUCACUGGGCGACUGUGAACGAUACAAAACCGCCUACGAUACCGGACAUUCUCAGGGACAAACUCUUGGGGUGUUUAAACGAAUGUGUAUACUAUGACGAGAUUGCCGCAUCUUUCACUCGACUAAUACACGACAGCCGUGAUUACAUUGCCACUCUCAAACAUUAUAAAUUACCUGUUCCUAUCGAAACAGAUGCAACGGGGGUAAUGACGCUCGAUCAAAUUGCAAGCCUUGCCGGGAAACCAAUUUCAGAGCUUAGCGGCAUGGGCAAUGCGACAGGUUCCGGAGGACCGAGUGGAGGAAACAUUAGCUGCGGUCCGAGUACGAUUAAAUUAAAGCCAAAGUUGAUAGAAAGUUUGGAGGAAAGGCGAAAAGCGUUGGAAGUGGGCGCUGCUGACACAGCAGCGCAACAGCUUUCCCACAACGUUAUGUCAAUGGCUGCGCUUGCCGGUGCCGCGACGAUGUUGCAUUGCCUUCCUCCGUCCCCGCAACCGCUUAAUCCUUUAGUAAAACCUCUAAUGGAAGCUAUUAAACGCGAGGAAAACGAGGAGCUACAGAGAUUAGCUGCAAAACAUUUGUCGUACCUAGUCGACCUUUGUCUAGAUAGAAAACCUUCCCCUAAUGCAAAGAUAUCGACCAAUUUAUGUACAUUCCUGUGCUCGGAUAUCGAAUUCACGCCUCGCAUAAAUAUCGAGACGGAUGCGGAUCUUUCCGAUGGAAUUCUUACUUUAAGCAAUAGACAGAAACACGCUGAAAGAGUAGCUUACAAUCGGGGGGCGACGAGUGGUCUCGGCGGAGGAAGGGGACCAGGCCGGCCACCCACGACUGAAAUUCCUUUGGAAGAGCUGCUCGCUUGCGAAGAACCCGAGGCGAAAGCCGCCAGAACGCGUCGACGCGGAGCUACUUUGGCGCUUACCGCUAUAGCUACUCAUUUCGGAAAUCAAUUGCCUAUUCGUUUACCGCAUCUCUGGGAACUAAUACUACCGAAUCUAUUACGAGAAGAUAAAAAGAUCACCGGCCGUGAAAAUACUCAAGAAGAAGUGAAUCAGUUAAUUUUUGGUUUACAAGUGUUGGAAAUUUUGGCUCCGAGUCUAGACAAAGCUUUACUGCCUCCUGUUUUAGGAUGUCUUACGUGUUUGUGUAAAUUACUGGCUCAUCCGUACAAAGCUGUUAGACAUAUGGCAUCGCGAUGUAUUUCCGUAUUGGCUACGUUAGAUACGGAGAAGGUAAUUAUACAUAUUAUGAACAGCGUAAUACCGCUUUUAGAAGCAACUGGCGGAGAAAAAGUGUAUUCGACGACGGUAACGGCACCGAGCGAGGUAGAAUCUGUAAGGCAAGGUGCAGCCGAGGCAUUGACAUGCCUUGUCGAAAAUUUAGGUGUCAAUAUAGUUCCAUACGCUGUGCUUUUCAUGGUUCCUUUACUUGGCCGUAUGAGCGACCAAAAUCAAUGCGUAAGACUAGCUUGUAGCGCAACGUUUGCGACACUCGUACAACUUCUACCCCUCGAUCCUGGAGCGAUUACCGACCCACCAGAUUUGGUGGAGAAGAAAGCUCAGGAACGACGGUUCUUGGAACAACUUUUAAAUCCACGCAGUAUUCCAGAUACCGAACUACCGAUCCCUGUUGCCGCAGAGUUGCGUUCUUAUCAACGGCAAGGCUUGAACUGGCUGAAUUUCUUAAAUCGUUAUCGACUUCACGGCGUACUAUGCGACGACAUGGGUCUUGGAAAAACGCUACAGACGCUUUGUAUAUUAGCGCUGGAUCAUCAUCGUAAUCCACACGCCCCGCCGAGUCUGGUAGUGUGUCCGCCGACUUUGACCGGGCAUUGGGUGUACGAAGCAGAGAAAUUCUUCGAAACGAAACAUCUUUCGGUGUUGCAAUUCGCCGGAACACCGCCCGAACGUGAAAAACUACGGCCAAAAGUUACUUCCCAUAGAUUGAUCGUUGCGAGCUACGACAUAGUGCGUAAGGAUAUCGAUUACUUUGAAACACGUCAGUGGAAUUAUUGUGUGCUUGACGAAGGUCAUGUGAUAAAAAAUGGAAAGACGAAAAGUGCAAAGGCGACGAAACGAUUACACGCCAAUCACAGGCUCAUACUGUCGGGAACGCCAGUGCAAAACGACGUACUCGAACUGUGGUCCUUGUUCGAUUUCCUGAUGCCGGGUUUCCUGGGCACCGAGAAACAAUUUGCGGCGAAAUACUCGCGUCCAAUUCUAGCCUGUAGAGAACCUAAAGCUGGACCAAAAGAACAAGAAGCGGGUGCUUUGGCUAUGGAAGCACUGCAUAGACAGGUUCUACCAUUUUUACUUCGAAGAAACAAGGAAGACGUUCUCCAAGACUUACCACCGAAAAUUACACAAGACUAUUAUUGCGAUCUAUCCACGCUGCAACGUACAUUAUACGAAGAUUUCCGUACCCGACAUUCUGCUAGUAUGUUUUAUAACGCGACGUGUACCGCAUCCGUCAAGGAUCCUCAAGGUGGGCAUGUGUUCGAAGCGUUGCGAUACCUACGUAACGUUUGCAAUCAUCCGAAAUUAGUGCUAAAUCCACGGCAUCCACUCUAUCAAUCGGUGUGCAAUUCGUUGAAGCAACAGAAGAGUAGUUUGGCCGACAUAGAGCACGGCGCUAAAUUACCCGCGUUGAAACAGUUGCUAUUAGACUGCGGUAUCGGACAACCGCAACAGCAACAAAACCGUAAUUCCGUGUCUGCCGGCGGUACGCCGGAUAAUCAACCGCCGCAACAGCAACAAUUGGUGAGCCAGCAUCGAGCUUUAAUCUUUUGCCAGUUGAAAGCGAUGCUGGACAUAGUAGAAAAGGAUUUACUGCGCACACAUCUGCCGACUGUUACGUAUCUUCGUCUCGACGGAAGCGUACCAGCAACGCAAAGGCAUUCCGUGGUUGCCCGCUUCAAUGCCGAUCCCUCGAUAGAUGUACUCUUACUGACGACUCAAGUCGGUGGACUUGGCUUGAAUCUAACCGGCGCAGAUACCGUCAUAUUCGUGGAACACGAUUGGAAUCCUAUGAAAGAUCUUCAAGCGAUGGAUCGAGCGCAUCGUAUCGGACAGAAAAAGGUUGUCAACGUGUACAGGCUUAUCACUAGAUCUACGGUAGAGGAGAAAAUUAUGGGACUUCAAAAGUUUAAACUUUUAACGGCAAACACUGUGAUUUCGACGGAAAACGCUUCAUUGGAGACGAUGGCUACCGAUCAGUUGUUGGAUUUAUUUUCUUUGGACAGCGGCAGAGGAAAGACGGCUGACGGUCAAGGAGACGCUGGAUCAAAAAUGGCUCUUCUCCCAGGUGUUAGUCGUUCCGUCUUGGAUAUCCUUCCCGAGUUGUGGGAACAACAACAGUACGACGACGAAUACGAUUUCGAUUCAUUUUUAUCGAAACUGAAGGCUGAUACCCAAUGAGCUUUUCAUUUUAGCGAAUCAGGCUUACCGAACCGCGUAUCGAUUCAGCAAAGUCGACGCGUAUUUAAAAACUGGUUAUGUCGUCGUGCAAACGUACGUAAAGCAAACACCGGUCAACAGAAAAGUCGAUAUAUCCCCGCGUUUCGUUCUCAUCCAUAGACUGAAAACCGAAAACUGAAAAUAACGAAUAUUCUUUUAUUAGAAAAUAAAGACAAGAAGAUACGAUAUGUGAAUCACCUACCGAAAAAAAAGAAAAAAGAAAAAAGAAAAAAGAAAAAAAAAGAUGUUCGGAUAAAUAAGCUGCAGAUAACAUUGAUUAAGUACUAUAAGUAAGCGAGUCUUGUUUAUUUAUAAUAACUUAUAAAAAUGUCGAUGCAAAUACAAUUCCGUAUUUGUACCAACUGACA